AUUGUCACGUAAAACAAAAGGGAUAAGUGUAGAGUUUCCAUUCAAAUGAAGAUGCAUUUUAAUGACAUCUUGAAGAAAAACAGGUGAUUACAUUGAGAAAGGGAGAAAAUCACGUUUAGAGUUACAGCAAACUGGAUUUCGAGAGGUUCUUUAAAAGUGCUUAAGUCCUCCAUUAGGAAGACAGUUUCAGAACACGCCUAAAAAAUCUUUCUAAACCGCUGUGUUCCUGAGAAACACCGUCGCUAACGCGAUUUUCAAUUUAAAACUCUCAGGCUAGAAAUGGGUUCUCUUUUAAACAGCACAGACAUCGAGUUCGCAGAGAGCAGCAGUUCAACCUCCGCCUCUACUCUGUGGAUUGACAGUGAAAACGCUGUGGAAAAAAGAGCCAAAAUUGCAGCCUAUUUCAUCGUUUUCAUAGUAUGUUUGCUCAGCAACUGUUUGCUGAUCGCAGUGGUGCAUAAGAACUCCAACCAACGAAUGCGAACACCGAGCAAUUACUUCAUCGUCAACAUGGCUUUUGCUGAUCUGAUCCUAGUUGUGUACUCGGUUCCCGCGAACAUCGCCAUGACAGCCCUAAACUACAGAUGGUUGAUCGGUGGCGUUGCAGGCGAAGUGUUUUGCCGCCUUCAUUUUUUUAGUGGUGAAAUGUCAGUGUUGGUUGUCACUGGGUGUUUGUUUUCCAUUGCUUUGGAUCGUUUUCUUCUGGUGUUUUUUCCAUUAAAGAAAAUUAUUACUCUUCGGAUUGCCCGUCGCAUAAUCGCAGUGGUAUGGAUCUUUUCGAUAGUCUUCACCUCGCCGUUAUUUUUCAUGGGCAGUUUAAUUGAAAUUCGCAGCGGAUAUGUUGUUUGUUCUUUCGAUUUUUCCAUCUUACGUCUAGUCAUCAUUUAUUUCUUGUUUUGUUUCAUCCCCGUAAUAUUGAUCCCCCUCGUUAUCAUUAUCAUUUUGUACAUAGCCAUUGGAGUGAAAAUCAAACGAACCAUUCCUCCUGGAAAUCAGCUACCAUCAAAUCAGGAGCAAAGAGAGAGAAUGACGCACAAAGUGCUGGCAAUGCUUGGAGUUGUUGUCGCUGUGGUGAUUGUGUUUCGUUUUCCACUGCUCAUCGGACUAAUAGCCUGUUUUAGCGGUUUAACAGAUCUUUGCCAAGGACCAAACUAUUUGUUCGUCUCAUUUUUCUUGACUUUCACCAACAGCGCGAUCAAUCCUCUGAUUUAUUUCAUCUUCAACAAUCAAUUUCGCCAUGGAGCGAGGUUGGUCUUGGAAAAAGUCAUCCCGCGUUGUUUUAAAACUGCAAAUGAAGUACAUGCAAUACAAUCUAGUGCUCAACAAAUGCCCCGCUCUCGACAGCAACAACUCGAUGAAACUGCUCACUCCCAUAAACCGGUCGGACAGGCAAUACUGACUGAGAUAUAAAACUGUAAAGAAAAAAAAAACAAAACAACUUCUGAGCUGGGAAGUCCCCAGAAGUAUGGGUAGAACUGACUAGGCCACUUAUACCCCAUUCACAUUAAAUAAACUAGUUUAACUACAUCUGGUUUAGACUUUUUCAAUUUGUCGAUGAUUACGCUUUACAGUAAUUUGGAGAAGACAAAUUACAAACCGCCUUGCUACCAUAUUUUAAUCAAACAGGUUUUUACCUGGUCAAGUUGUUGGGUGUGCACGAAAUAAGCAACUAAUUUUUAACCUUGUUUAGUUAAACCACUUUUAAAAGUGUUAAAUAUGUUGGCGUGAACGAGGUAUUAGUAUGAGUAGCACCCUAUUCUAGGCCAUUUUCUUAUCAGUUUUUAGUUUUAUCUGAUAUACAUUUUCGUAGCCGAGAAGCAAACCUCUACAUCAGCUAGUGGAUAGUCCUGUUUGUGUAAAUUCUCUGCGGCUAGUCAGUCCAACUAGUACUUCAAAAUGGUCAAGGCGGUUGUUGGCAGCCAACUGACAAAACAUUUUUCGAGAACGGUUUUUUUUAGCUUUAAAUCAUGAUUAAACUCUCUAGGAGUAAAGUAGAGGGAUAGACAACGAGAUAUUAUACCCCCUGUUAAAUUCCAUUUGAAAUAAGAUCUUAAAGGUCAUUCCUCACAUUUGCAUUGCCCAUCCUUACUGCGCAUAAUUUAUGGCGUUAUUAGC